UUGUUACUUCGUUACUAGUUGCUAAUAGCAACGUUGUUUCUGUACAUCUUUGUGAAGAGACGUGUGGUACAUCUUUCGGAGAUGUUUUAGAAUUUCUUUGAAUUAAAACUCAACACGCAAAGGAAGUUCUUUCUCAAACGUGGAAAAUGGCGGGGGAAAAGGGUAAAGCAGCUGGUAAGACACCAGCGAAAGCGGCCUCCGAAGUAUCGAGGAAGGAACCAAAAGACAAGACCAAGAAUCCGAUGCGCGAAGUUCGCAUCAGGAAAUUGUGCCUAAACAUUUGCGUCGGUGAAUCUGGUGACAGAUUAACAAGAGCAGCGAAGGUGUUGGAACAGCUCACAGGCCAACAACCUGUUUUUUCUAAGGCGAGGUACACUGUAAGGUCGUUUGGUAUUAGACGUAAUGAGAAGAUUGCUGUACAUUGUACAGUGAGAGGCGCCAAAGCAGAAGAGAUCCUAGAACGAGGGUUGAAGGUUCGAGAAUAUGAAUUACGAAAAGACAACUUCUCUGACACUGGUAACUUUGGUUUUGGAAUUCAAGAACACAUUGACUUGGGAAUAAAAUAUGAUCCCAGUAUUGGGAUUUAUGGUUUGGACUUCUAUGUUGUGCUUGGACGACCAGGGUUCAAUGUAGCACACAGGAGAAGGAAAACUGGUGUGGUUGGUUUCCAGCACAGGCUUACAAAAGAAGAUGCAAUGAAGUGGUUCCAGCAAAAGUAUGAUGGUAUUAUUCUUGCUGGGAAGAAGAAUUAAGAAGUUUGAAAUUUGUAUGACCCAAUUAAAAUAAAGUAUUUAAAAUAAAAACUAUUUUUCCAUUA